AUGCAUAGGCAGAUUUCUAAUUCUGAAUACUUUAAAUCUUUUGCUUACAGUGUGCUGCUGCCUUUGCAUAAAGUCCAAACAGUCAUUUUAUUCCAUAAAUUUUUAAUGAAAUGUUGUAGAAAAUAUCAAAGAAUUAAUAAUGAAUUCGUAAAUUCAUGAAUUGAAGCAAUAGUUAGAUACUGACCAUAUGGAAACUCAAGCAAAGAAUUGCUAUUUCUCAACGAAUUAGAUGAAGCCUUAAAAUUGGGAAAAGAAAUAAUUUCUAUAAACAUUUGAGAAUUAGCUUGGGUCGCCUUCCAAAAUUUACAAAAUAUUCUUUUAGCCGAUAAUAAAGACGGAAUUACUAGCCUGAAACAUAGCGACAGCUGCUAUCCUAGAGCUUACCUGUUUUACCUAGUAGGUGUCCUCGGGGUCCUCGGGAGUGUUAGUUUCCACUUUUCAAAUUUUAGUUCCAAUUUACAUGGGGAAAGGCAUUAUUAA